AUGACGGUGACGGACCUCUUCGCCGGCGAGAUCGCCACCGAGCUACUCAAAGUCCUCUUCUCAAUCUCCCGACGAGCCUGCCUCUGCAAAUCAACCGCCGAUGCCCUAAUCACCAGCACCAACCAGCUCCUGCCCAUAAUCCAGGAAAUCAAAUACUCCGGCGUCGAGCUCCCCGCCGCCCGCCAAUUCCAGCUCGACGGCCUCUCCGAGACGCUCCGCGGCGGCCUCGAGCUCUCCCGGAAGGCCCUCGCGUGCAGCCGGUGGAACGUCUACAAGAUGCUCCAGCUCGCCCGGCGGAUGGAGAGGCUCGAGAAGCGGAUCUCGGCCUUCCUCCACGGCCCGCUCCAGGCCCACGUCCUCGCCGACGUCCACCACCUCCGGUUCGAUUCCGUCGAGAGGUUCGACCGGCUCGAUUGCUCCGCCCGCCAGCUAGAGCAGCGGCUCGAAUCGCUGAAGAUUGGGGUUGGGGACGGCGGCGGCGGCGGCGGCGGAGGGUGGAUGGAGGAGGCGGUGAAGAGAGUCGACGCCGAGGAGCAGCGGUGGGAGGGUCACUUCAAGAACCGGAUACUGUUCUUGACGAUUUCGCAGUCUCCUGAUGUGGAGCAGCUGAGGGCUAAGAUUCUGGGGUUUAUUGCUGAAUCUGAUCAUGGUAGUGGUAGCUUUGGCUGCUAUGAUGGGUUCAUCAAAGAAGCUCCUGGAGGUCGAGUUCUGAUUGUUCUUGAUGAUGUAUGGUCACUCUCGGUUCUUGAGCAGCUGAUCUUCAGGAUUGAUGGCUGUAAAACGCUUGUCGUUUCGCGGUUCAAGUUUUCUACCGUGCUUGGUGCUAGUUAUGAAGUGGAGCUUUUGAAGGGAGAUGAAGCUGUUUCAUUGUUCUGCCAAUCUGCUUUUGAGCGGAGUUUCAUCCCUCCUGGUUCUGAUGCAAGCUUGGUCAAUCAGAUUGUGAAUAAAUGUAAAGGCCUUCCCCUGGCGCUCAAAGUGAUUGGGUCUGCAUUGAGAGGGCAGCCUGAGAUGUACUGGGCGAGUGCGAAGAAGAGGCUAUCUAGAGGCGAGCCAAUCUGCGAGUCACACGAGAACAAGUUACUAGAUAGGAUGGCAAUCAGUGUUCAAUUCUUGCCCAAGAAGGUUAGAGACUGUUUCCUGGAUUUGGGAUCUUUUCCAGAGGACAAGAAGAUCCCAUUGGAUGUCCUUAUCAACAUGUGGGUCGAGAUCCACGAUGUUGAUGAGGAAGAAGCUUUUGCUAUCCUUGUUGAGCUCGCAGACAAGAACCUGCUCACUCUCGUCAAGGAUGCUAGGUUGGGAUUUUUCCUCCUUUCUUCAUCGUCAAGUUACUACCUUUCUAAAAUUGCCUCACAUUCGAAGUUUAAUAAAAAGGUUGUGAAUGUGGUUAAUGUUUGGGGAAUUAGGGCUGGAGAUCUUUAUAGCAGUUACCAUGACAUCUCUGUGAGUCAACACGAUGUGUUGCGUGAUCUCGCCAUCCAUAUGACGAAUCGUGGCGAGAUAAAUGAACGAAAGCAGAUGAUCAUGCCGAGAAGGGAGAUGGAGCUUCCAAGAGAAUGGGAGAGAAUUGCUGACAAGCCAUUCUGCGCUCAGAUCAUUUCAAUUCAUACCGAUGAAAUGAACGAAAUGGACUGGUUCGCGAUGAACCUCCCCAAGGCUGAAGUUCUCAUCAUCAACUUCUCUGCCACAACAUACUUCCUGCCUCCAUUCAUCCACAACAUGCCGAGGCUACGAGCACUGAUAGUCAUCAACCACGGUUCCCAAACCGCAACCCUCCGAAACCUCUCCAUCCUCUCCACCUGCUCCAACCUUCGGAGCCUCUGGCUCGAGAAGGUCACCAUCACCACAUUAGCAUCAUCAAAUCCUGAAACCACCCCUCUCACCAACCUCAGAAAGAUAUCUCUAGUCCUAUGCAACAUCAACAACACGCUCGAUUCCAUCCUACCCUCUACGUUCCCUUCCUUAUCCGAGCUCGCAAUCGACCACUGCGACGAUCUGAUCCAUCUCCCUUCCAUCACCUCCCAAUUCCACUCCCUCAAGAGCCUCAGCAUCACGAACUGCCACAACUUCCGCCAGCUUCCCACCAAUCUCGGCGACCUGAAGAGAUCUCUGCACAUCUUGAGGCUGUAUGCUUGCCCGAGCCUCAGGAUGCUGCCGCGGUCCACCUGCGAGCUGUCGAGGCUGAAGUACCUGGACGUGUCUCAGUGUGUGAACCUGAGAUCGCUUCCUGAAGGGAUCGGGAAGAUGGCCGGGCUGGAGAAGAUAGACAUGAGGGAAUGCUCGGAGGUGUUUUGUGUUCCUGACUCCGCGGCGUCGAUGGAGUCGUUGAGAUGUGUGAUCUGCGACGAGGAGGUUUCGUGGUCGUGGAAAGGGUUUGAGAAGAUCGGGCUCCAUGUUCAGGUUGCGGAGAAGCACUUCAACUUGGACUGGCUCCAUGAAUAGUGCCACUACCAAAUACCACCAAAUAUGUAAUUAUCUUUUGUAGCCUUGUAGGCCAUUGUACAUAUAUGCAUCAAGUAAAUAAAUCGUUUUUUUUUUGUGUGUCGUUGUUGAAGUUCUAGCAUGGGUAGAUGGUACAUGACGGAAUAUCCAAUAUAUACAUUUGAGACUAUACUGAUCAUAAAAACAGGAUAAAUUCAUAAAAG